AUGAGUAAACCAACACCUCAAUAUCUAAAAUGGACCGACGUCGAACCAACAUUUCUCCAAAACUUUCAAACAUCGAUCCUCCACUUCAUAGACUUCGAGUUUGCAAAUUCUUAUAAUGCAAUUCCCAAAACCAACGAAAUUGGUAUUUCGACUGUUUCACUUUCAAAUCCGGCUGAACACGAUUCUUUCCAUGUAAUUAUUCGCUGUAAAAAGAGUGACAAAUACACAUUUAGAAUCCAUGGAAUUAACUCCAAUUCAUUAAUUUACCCGACACCGGGUGUCGGGUUCAGUCAAUUUAUUGAUUAUAUGUCCAAGUACUCUGGUCUCAAAAUCUUUGUUGUGAAAGAUGAGAAAGUUGGUGGAGGGGAUGUUAAAGUGAUGAAUUCGAUAUUUAAAACAAGUGAUAUUCAGUACACUAUACUUACACAUCACAUGCUAAUUAGUUGUAUACUUCAUCAUUUUAACGUAGAAUUUGAUGAAUUUUCAAUUAAAGGUGAAGUCAAUAUGUUUUACAAGCAUUUGCACGUCUCUGAGAAGUGCGAGUACCACACUAAGUUGGACAAAAAAUUCCACUGCGCUUUGAGUGACGCGAGAAACACGGCUUUGACUGUUUUUGCCUCUUUGAAAGCCCUUUGCAACGAGUUGGUGUUUCAUAACACAGAACUGAUUCCCUUCUAUGAGGUACCAAAAUUUGACAUGUCCGAUGGCUCAAGUUUUGUGCUGUGUUUUUGUAACACUUUUGGCACACGAAAUUCUGUGUAUGAAAUUUUAAUGGAAGAAGUCACUUAUCAAAAUGGGAAGUUAAUUGAGUGCGAAAAGGAUGAGAUGUGCUUUGAACACUUUGUACCGCCUCAAGUGAAAGGUCAAGCACAUCCAGAGAUCUAUGAAAAGUUGACAAGUGCAUAUCCCGAUGUUGAAAAUCACAACGAGAAAGCAUUUGAAAAUGUCUCGCAAUAUCUCAAAGACCACAGCGGAAUGUAUUUGGUCAAUUUUGGGUUCGUAUAUAAAGAAACAGACUUUGAUUUUUCAGAGAUGUAUUUGAAAACAAAACUUGCUAUGUGCAAAAUAUUAUAUGCGCAGUGUGGUGGAAAAGGCAAAUUCAGUGAUUUAAUAUUUUACAAUAAAAUAGAAGAACUUGGAGAUGCUAUUUUAGUGUCACAAAAAGAGAAAGAAAAAACAAAGGAAUUUGUUUGUAACAUCCACAAAAAAACUGAAUUUGAGAAAAGUUGUGUGUGUGAAGUCAAAGAAAAAUAUUUGAGAGGACUUGAAGAAUUCGCAAAACAUCGGGAAAUUUGUGAGCAACUUGGGAAGGACAUGAAAAUUUUUUUUGAAGAAGUACGAAAGCUAAAGGAAAAAGAAAAAAAGAAAUGGGAAGAAAACAAAGAAAAAAAGCUCCAAAUCUCCGAACAAAAAAAAGAAGAAGAAAAAAAAUCGACUUUUCAAAAAGAAGGUUCAAAAACAAAGGAAAAAGGUCAACAAAAAACUCAGAAAAGGGAAAGUAGAAAACAACGUAAAUUAAAUCGAGAAAAAAUUGAAUUGCGUCUGCUAAAAGAUCUGCAAAAAGGCAACACAGACGAUGAUAUUAAUAACGAAGAAGAAAAAAGCACAGAUAAGAAGGAGUAA